AUGGCGUCUCCGCUGCAGUUUGCCUACCGAACCCAGAAGACCAUCGGCGUCUUUGACGCUGCGCCUGUCUACGAGUCUCUCGCUGGGUUCAACAAGCCUGAGGGUAACCUCCGGUACUGUACCUACUCGCCCUGUGGCCGAUACUUCGGCUGGGCCUCUCCCGAGGUUGUCGUCGUUGUUGACGCCUCGACUGGUCAACAGGUCCUCUCCCUGCCCAUCCUCAACGUCUACGAACUAGGUUUCUCUCCCCGUGGCACCUUCGUCAUCACCUGGGAACGCCCCGGUAAGGAUGAGAACGGCGAUGCUACCAAGAACCUCAAAGUCUGGCGAGUUGUAGAGGAGGGCGUUGCUGGCCAGGACAAGCAGCCCCUUGGUCGCUUUGUUCAAAAGCAGCAGCAAGGCUGGAACCUUCAAUACACAGCCGAUGAGAAGUACUGUGCUCGUCUUGUCACCAACGAGGUCCAGUUCUACGAGAGCCACGACCUCGUCAAGGUCUGGAACAAGCUUCGAGUCGAAGGCGCUACUAACUUCGCCCUGGCUCCUGGUAGCCAGAACCAUGCUGUCGCCGUUUUCGUUCCUGAACGCAAGGGCCAACCCGCUGCCGUCAAGGUUUUCAAUGUUCCUCUCUUCACUAACCCUAUCUCUCAAAAGACUUUCUUCAAGGGAGACAAGGUCCAACUGAAGUGGAACAAGCUCGGCUCCAGCAUUCUGGUUUUGGCGCAAACUGACGUUGAUCGCUCAGGCAAGAGUUACUACGGCGAGACCACGCUGUAUCUGCUUAGCACCACUGGUGCUUUUGAUGCUCGCGUUGCCCUGGAUAAGGAGGGUCCCAUCCACGAUGUUUCUUGGUCGCCCAACUCGAGAGAGUUCGGUGUUGUUUACGGAUACAUGCCUGCCAAGGCUACCAUCUUCAACCACCGCGCCGUUGCGACUCACUCGUUCCCGAUCGCUCCUCGAAACACCAUCACUUUCUCGCCAACCGGACGUUUUGUCCUUGUUGCAGGAUUCGGUAACCUUGCUGGUCAGAUCGAUAUCUACGACCUCGAGAAGGAUUUCCGAAGGGUUACCACCAUCGAGAGUGGAAACCCCAGUGUUUGCGAGUGGAGUCCCGACAGCCGCUACAUCAUGACUGCUACUACCUCUCCUCGACUCCGUGUGGACAACGGCGUCAAGCUGUGGCACGUUAGCGGCAGCAUCAUGUACAAUGAAGAUAUGGUCGAGUUGUACAAUGUUAUUUGGCGACCUCAGGGUCCCGAGAGCAUCGCUCCCGGUGACCCCUUGAGCCCCAUUCCUACACCACACGCCUCCGCUGCGGCGUUCCUGGCUACGGCGAAGACCCCCAGUAAGCCUGCAGGUGCUUAUCGCCCUCCCGGUGCCCGUGGUCUGGCCACACCCCUUCACUUCAAGCGUGAGGACGAGGGCGGCGCUGCCCAUGUUGUGAGCAACGGUCUGCCCAACGUUGGUCCCAAUGGCUUCGGCCGCCCACGCCGGGGUGUACCAGGCGCGGAAUUUGCUGAGCAAACUCCUGCCGUUAGAACUGUUCCUGGUGCUGAGCCGCUGGGCGACGAAAACUCGGCCAAGUCCAAGAACAAGAAGAAGAGAAACAAGAAGAAUGCCCAGGGUGAGGGUGGUCGACCCCAGGGCGAGCCCAACGGUGGAGCUAGCCUGGCUCCUCCCUCUCACGACCGAGGCCACGAGGGUCGCAGCCCCGAGCGACGCAACCACCGCAACCGAAGCCAGUCUCGCAACAACCAGGCACGUAGCCGCAGCAACACGCACCGCAACGGCCACGGAAACCAGCAGCAGGCUCAAGGCACUGCUGCCGCCGCCGCCGCUGAUGCUUCUCAGAACCCCAACGCGAAGAAAAUCCGCAGUCUCCAAAAGAAGGUCCGCGCUAUUGAGGAUCUUGAAAUGCGCUUGGCUGGUGGAGAGAAGUUGGAGGAUACCCAGCUCAAGAAGAUUAACACUAAGUCGUCCGUGCUGAAGGAGCUUGAGGGCCUGGAGAAGGAGAACUAA